CAGGAUACUCACUUCUUCACAACGCUCUAGGUCGUGAAGGAGCAACUCCACCGUCGCUGCCAGAGAAGCCGCUGGGGGCUGGGGAGAGGGAGGCGUGGAGAGGAAUGUAGAGACCGAGGGGGUGAGGUUUCCCAGGAACAGAUUUCGAGGCUGCACGCGCUUGAUGAUGGCCGCUAGUCCCUCUCAGGCCGAGCCGCUGGCUUCGCAGGAACUCAAUGGCGACUUCAAGAAGCCAGGCCUGCCCUUGCCCCCGGCGGUGCGGGGCAAAGCCCCGGCCACCAAUCCUUCAAACCCUGAGGAGGUAAAGAAGGAAAGGCCCACGGCGCUGCCGGACUCCGUUUCCGCGGAGCCUGAAGUCCCGCCAGCCCUGCUGGACAGCGGGGAGACUAGGGGUCCAGCGGAGGAGCAGCCGCGGCCCCCCACAGCGGCUCCUUCCCCUGGCGGCCCGGCCCGGGCUCCCCCUUACCGAGAGCCUCCGUGGGGCGGCCCCGCCACGGCCCCCUACAGCCUAGAGACACUGAAGGGCGGCACCAUCCUUGGCACCCGGAGUCUGAAAGGGAUGAGUUGCUGUCUUUUCGGGAGGCUCGCUAGCUGCGACGUGUGCCUGGAGCAUCCUUCGGUGUCUCGCUACCACGCUGUGCUGCAGCACAGGGUGUCCGGUUCCGAGGCAGAAUGCGACGGCGACGGGCCUGGCUUCUACCUCUACGAUUUGGGAAGCACCCACGGCACUUUUCUUAACAAAACCCGCAUCCCCCCCCGCACCUAUUGUCGGGUCCACGUCGGGCAUGUUCUUCGCUUUGGAGGCAGCACCCGGCUCUUUCUUUUUCAGGGACCAGAGGAAGACCGAGAGGCAGAAUCUGAGUUGACAGUAACGCAAUUGAAGGAAUUGCGCAAGCAGCAACAAAUGAUGUUGGAGAAGAAGAUGCUGGGAGAAGACUCAGAUGAAGAAGAGGAAACGGAUACAGCUGAAAGAAAGAGAAAUACUAGUAGUCAAGAUGAUGAAAUGGGCUGCACCUGGGGAAUGGGAGAAGAUGCUGUAGAGGAUGAGGCUGAAGAGAACCCUAUUGUCUUAGAGUUUCAGCAGGAAAGAGAGGCCUUUUAUAUAAAGGAUCCAAAAAAGGCUCUCCAAGGUUUUUUUGACCGAGAAGGAGAAGAAUUAGAAUAUGAAUUUGAUGAACAGGGUCAUAGCACUUGGCUUUGCAGGGUGAGAUUACCUGUGGAUGAUUCAACUGGAAAACAGCUAGUGGCUGAGGCUAUUCAUUCAGGAAAGAAAAAAGAGGCAAUGAUCCAGUGCUCACUGGAAGCUUGUCGAAUCCUUGAUACUUUGGGAUUGCUGCGGCAGGAGGCAGUAUCUCGGAAAAGGAAAGCCAAGAACUGGGAGGAUGAAGACUUUUAUGAUAGUGAUGAUGACACAUUUCUUGAUCGGACUGGCCUGGUUGAAAAGAAGCGUCUGAACCGAAUGAAGAAGGCUGGGAAGAUUGAUGAGAAGCCAGAGACCUUCGAAUCAUUGGUUGCAAAGUUAAAUGAUGCUGAAAAGGAACUCUCUGAAAUUUCUGAGAGACUGAAAGCCUCCGGCAAAGCUCUAUCAGAGUCACCAUCUCAGGACUCUUUAGAUGCGUUCAUGUCAGAAAUGAAAUCAGGGAAUGCAUUAGAUGGUGUGUCCCGGAAGAAACUUCACCUGAGAACUUUUGAACUGAGAAAAGAACAGCAGAGACUUAAAGGGUUGAUAAAAAUUGUAAAGCCAGCAGAGAUUCCAGAACUAAAAAAAACUGAAAGUCAGGCUACAGAUGGAGAAAACAAAGCUAAAAAGCUUACACUGCCUCUCUUUGGUGCCAUGAAAGGAGGAAGCAAAUUCAAAUUAAAAACUGGAACAAUAGGGAAGUUACCCCCCAAGCGUCCAGAACUCCCUCCAACUCUAAUGAGAAUGAAGGAUGAGCCUGAAGUAGAAGAGGAGGAGGAGGAGGAGGAGGAGGAAGAGCAAGAGGAGAAAGAAAAGGAGGAGCAUGAAAAGAAGAAAAUGGAGGCAGGAAGCAGUAGGCUACAGCAGGAGAUAGAGCCAGAAGGAGCAGUGCAGGAAACAGGUCCUCCCACAGAUUUCACAUGUUCUAAAGAAACCAAAAAUCAUGAAAACAUGUCUCAACUCGGCCAAGUGGAACAGAAUAAAGGUUACCAAGAGAUUAGUGAGACAGCUGCAUCGUGUGAGGAACCCUCAGCAUCAAAGAAUGAAUAUGAGAAAAGCAGAGAUGAAUUGAAGAAAAAGAAAGCUCCUGGUCGAGGCAAACUUCCACUGACACUUUCCUCCAACUAUCCAGAAGAUGAUCCAGAUUACUGUGUGUGGGUCCCACCUGAAGGCCAAAGUGGAGAUGGCAGGACCCAUCUUAAUGAUAAGUAUGGCUAUUGAUUGCUUCCGAAUCCUAAAGGAAGACCUUGUGGACCAUGUGACAUGGGAUAUUUAGGAUAAUAUAUCAAGUUGAAUGUCCAGAGAAGGAGUUCAGAUGAUCAUUUGUAAAAUCUGGUGACUGGCCUUUUCUUCUGUGCUCUUGGCUUCCUAAAUUUAUCUACCCAUCUGAUUCUCUUGAAUUUGGUAUUUAUGUUUAAAUGUGUUUGUGUAUGUAUGUAAAAAGGAACCGUAUAUUUUGAGAAUUAGUAAAGUGAGAGACAUGACUCUGUUAAAAUAAGAAGGUGAAGAUGUCUCAUGUUUAUUUAAGGCUACAGUGUCUGUCUUAAGCUUUAGGGACUAUGCCUUUCCUGAGCAGUAGGGUGCUUCUGGCAGUUAGGCUUUAGGAUUCACUGGUAAUUGCCUCCUCAAAUAAGUGUUGAAAUAUGAGGUCAUGCCAGGAUGUAACCCUGAGUGUCUCUGUCAUUCUUGGAACUAAAAAUAUAUCUAUACAGUGGGGGCUUCCUACUCCCUCUCACUAUAAUCCUCCUGCCAGGUUUGAGAACAGACCCUGACUUAUGAGGACACAGUUCAGGACCACAGCACACCUCGUGCACUCAGGCACUGAUGCUGAUAAAAACUCAGCCCUUUGAAUAUCCUGGACUCUGACCAGUCAGGUUAGUCACUCCUCCUCUUGUGGAAAGGUGCAGAUAAGGUCACAGAAUGAAAAGCUGGAUGUGUUCUGCCCACUGUAGGGUUUCUCACCUCUGUAUAGAGGGGAAUAAUAGUUCCUUCCUCUCUGGAAACAUGAAGAAAUGCAAGAAUAUGUCUUAUUCCCACUCCGCCCCCCACUUCCCAUCAUCAGUGCCUCACUUCCACAGGAAAGGAAAGCCUAAGAGUGGAAGCAAGGUGGAACACCAGUGGAUUAUGCUGGAGGCACACAUAGUGAGCAGGCAGGAGAACAGCUGUGGCCCAGCGAGAGGGAGUGGGUGAGGAUGAUGCUUUCCCAAUGUGGAUUAUAUGGGAUGCAUGAGGUGGGCAGGAAGCAGUAACAAGAAACUUCAGUUACCCUAACAGAUGUCUGUUCUACUAAAAAUAAGUCUGAUUUCUCAAAAAACAAUACCAAUAUUGGCAUUAUGAGAAACGAUUAUUUUGGACUUCAUUUAGACCAACAGAGAAGAACUUGUUGAUGAUGUAAGAAGUGACAGGAAUUCGGGGGCAGAGUGUCUGUGCCACCUUGGAUCGAAACCACGGACUAAGGUCUGAGCCAGAUCAGUGGUCUUCAAAGGUGAAACUCCUGAUUCAAACAGAAUUGUAUGUGGAACCCUAAUACUUGAACAGGUAAAAAAUAUGCCUGCUCUGGUUGAAUUGAGGUGGGGAUGGGUGGGGAUUGGAUGUACACACACAUACCUGCAUGCAUACAAUCCUCUCCUCCUCACUCUACCCUCACAGUGACCUUGAGGAAUCGUAGGGACUCCACAGAGCAUCGUCUGCUUUAGGAAGGCAGAUAUCUAAGUGUUCUGGGAAGGGUCGGUAUAGUCCUAUGUCUUGAGAGCAUGAAAGCAAGUAGGACUCCAUUGGCCAAAAUAAAAUAUAAAUGUGUAACUUGCACAAUUAAUAUCAGUGGUCAGUGGACUUGUUUCAAAAGACCUGCAU